AUGACUUCUGAAACUCCCACUGCUGAUGAAAUCGAACAAAUUCUUACAAAAUUGAAAUCACAACCAUGCAAUAAAAUUUGUUUUGAUUGUAAUGCAAGAAAUCCAACGUGGGCAACUGUUACAUACGGGGUAUUCAUAUGUAUUGAUUGUUCUGCUGUCCAUAGAAAUCUUGGAGUUCAUGUUACAUUUGUUCGUUCAACCAAUUUAGAUACAAAUUGGACAUGGCAUCAACUUCGUGCAAUGCAAGUUAGUGGUAAUUCAAAUGCAAGCAAAUUCUUCAAAGAUCAUGGAUGUGAAACUAGUGAUAUUCAACAAAAAUACAAAAGUCGUGCUGCAACAAUGUAUCGUGAUAAGGUAUCUAAAAUGGCUACUUAUGCCCAUGAAACAUUUAAUGAUGAGAAAGAGGGUGAAGAAGAUUUUUUUUCUCAAGAAUUUAAACCUGCUCUUCCAACAACUGAUGCACCUAAAAAGUUAAUUGUUGCACCAAAAAAAGCAGAAAAUGAGUUAUUGGAUGAAUCUUCAGCUGUUGAAUCACAACCAAUAAAAUCAUCUAUUAUUAAGAAACCUAUAAAAAAAAUUACACUUGGUAACAAAAAAGGAUUAGGUGCAACAAAAGUUAAGACUAAUUUUAGUGAAGUUGAACAAAAAGCUAUACAAGCUGAGAAAGAGUUGGAGGCAUCAUCUAAGUUUAUUUAUGAAAAUGAAGAAAAAGAGGAGGUAGGAAAAAUUUCAGGUCGUUUAAUGAUGCAAGAUCCGGAAGAUGUUAAAAAAGCUAAUGAAAAACUUAUCAAAAUUGCAGCAGCUGAUCCAAAGAAAGCUGAAGUUGUUGAGAGGCUUGGCAUGGGUGGCAUACAAAAUGUUGGAAUUUCUCAUAAUGUUUCAUCUGGAAUAUAUACUAUCAAACAAAUUGGUAAUAAAACAAAACAAACACCAAAAUCAUCAUAUCUUGAUUCUUGGGAUACACUUGAAGAUAGUGAAAAAACAGAUGGAACAACAAAUGAAGAUGAUGAUUUCUUUGUUACAUGGAAAGAACCAAAGAAAGUUGAAAAAUCAAAUUACUCUCGUCCAACAACUUAUUAUUCUGAUGCGCCAUCAUCAGAUGAAGCACUGAAAAAAUUUGGAAAUGCAAAAUCAAUAUCAUCGGAUGCAUUCUUUGGUAAAAAUGAAAUGGACAAUGAAAUGCGUGCAAAUCUUUCACGUUUUGAUGGUGCUACAAGUCUUGGUAGUGCUGAUCUUUUUGGUAAUGGGCAAUCUCAGCAACCUUCUUAUACGUAUAAUUCCCAUGUUCCUGAAAUAUCUGAAAUUAAGGAUAGUGUACGUCAAGGAAUGUCAAAAGUUGCCGGAAAACUUUCAUCUUUGAGUAGUACAGUUUCAUCAUACCUUAACGAAAAUUAUUAA